GCCACAGCUAAGUCCACUAGCAUCUUUAUUGCUCUGCAGUACAGUGUUACCUAUCCUGCUGAAGACAAUAGUGAGCAAUUUCAUUUUGACUAUGAUCCAAAAGCAAUCUUCUUCUACAUGCUUGUAGCUGUUAAUCUGCAUGCUGUAAUCCAGAAGUAUGUAUUAGAUAAAAUUAAUAGGUGUCUGCAUUUGCCAGAAAUGAAGCACAGCAAAUUCCAUGAAUCAGGACAGCUAGCAUUUUUCUACUUGUUUUCAUUUAUAUGAGGAGCAAGUAUUUUGAAUGCAAUAAAAUUUGUGAUGAAGCCAGCCUUACUCUGGGAAGAUUAUCCCCAUUUUCAUAAUGCUGUAUUUGCUGUUUGGGCUUUGCUUUUCAUAAUGGUGCGUCUUUUGACCCUAACUUUAUCUGUUUUCACUUUUAAAUUUGGCCUGGCAAGAGUAGAGAAUUCAGGAUUUUCCAUAGCAGAAGGAAACUUCGAUGUACUCCCUAGGAAGAACAACCUGCAGCAAAAGAUUACCUGGGAUGAAGGAAGAGGAAUUGUUAAACAGCAGACCUCACACUUUCUGUACAAGCAGCAGGACCUCACUCCUCUUAAG